AUGUCUGCUCUUACUUCUGCAGCGCUGAGUCAAUUGAACCAGCUUAAUAACCAAGGAGGAUUGCCAUCCCCUCCAUCUUCACAAAACACCUGGGAGACAGGGUCAGACUGCUCUUACUACUCACUCUCUGACUUGACCUUGGACAAAUGGUACCGACGUAUCCCAGCAAGCCAAGUCAGGGAGCAGGCAAAGCAUAUUCCAGCUAGCCCUAUGUCAAGCCAGUCUAUAUACCCGCGACAAUUUUACAACAAAGAGGACCUCUCUCUUCAGUCGUCGGGUCCCUGGAAAGAGUACCCCUUCUGUCUGAAUAAGGAUUACGUGUCUGGGUCACCUGGCCCAGUACGUAUGAUCACCAACUCUGCUGCGCCUGGGGAGUUUGACGUGGUGGGGUAUCAAAAGGGUGCUGUACCAAAGCCCCUCCCCUCGAGCGAGCCGAGCAGCCAGUCAACGCCAAGUUCUAGUGGUGGUGUCUCUUCACUGCAGGACAACCCGUAUAUCGCUGCUCAUAUGGCGGGGUACCAGCAGGUAAUUGCGGCUGCCUACUAUCCACAGAGUCUGCCAGUGGCUUAUGCUAUACCUAUCUUAGUACCAGCGGUCACUUACGCCUAUGUUCCUGUUUACGGCCAGUAUUUCUACUGA